AUGGAUGAUUUUUGUGGCUCAAGCACAUUUUGGGACUCCUCACUUACCUGGACAAACAACUCGUGGCCACAAUUCACAGAAUGUUUCCAAGAUACAGUGUUGCAAUGGGUGCCCUGUGGAUGGCUGUGGAUAUCAGCUCCUCUGUACAUCUACUAUCUUGUGGGUCGCCAGAAGAAACCCCAGCCAGUAACGUAUCUGUUUUGCAGCAAGCUGUUUUGCAGCCUCAGUUUGCUGCUUGUAAACGUCCUUGACAUUGUCGAGGCACUGGGCACAGCAGGACCACGUGAUUUUAAUGCAGACAUUUUGGCAUCACUUUUAUGGAUUGUCACACUGAUUCUUCAUUCAGGCCUGGUAUUAAUGGAGAGAAAAUAUCACGUGAUAAGAUCGCCACUUCUCUUUAUUUUCUGGACACUGACAACCAUCUGUUCACUAGUGCCAGUCUACUCGUCCUUCAUGUUACAGAUAUACGACUCCGAAUUAUUCAAGUUUGCUUUGCUAAUGAUAAAGUAUUGUGCCAUUGUAUUACUACUCUUACUGAACUGCUUCGCUGAAUAUCAUGAGGAGAAAACUAAGAAACAUAACCCAGAGUUGUCAGCGUCUGUUCUCAGCUGGUUCACAUUUAGCUGGAUGGACAGACUAAUGCUAAACGGGUUCAAGACUCCGUUAAUGAGCGAUGACGUCUAUGAGCUUCAUCCUCGAGACACAACUGAAAGGGUGAUUACCAAGUUCCUGCGCGUCUGGAAACAAGAAGAGGCCAGAAAAUUAAGUCAACAGAAAAAGAAUCAAAAGCAGAUUGCACUAAACAACGGCAACAAAGAAAGCAACGAGAAAACACCCCUACUAGUGUCUUACAGAAAAUCUUCGUCUGUUGUAUCAACGACCAAUGCCCAACCAAGUCAUAUAACAAACAUCAACGACCACGAAAAGAUCCAGGACGAUAACAAAGUGAUAGAAGUAAAAGACACCGUGAAACCAAGAGUUUCCUUUUUAAAGGCUUUGGUAAAAUGCUACUGGCUGGAAGGGUUGGCCAGUAACUGGGGGAUGCUGUCAAACGUGGUCGCCAGUAUUGUCAGCCCGUUUGUGCUUGGGUGGUUGAUCGCCUUUGCCCAGAAUGCAUCUGAGUGGACGUGGCAUGGAUAUAUUUAUACGCUGGCAUUUAUAUUUACAAAGAUGCUGUACUUCUUUUUUGGUGUCAUGGCCAAAUUUCAGACAAACUGUCUGGCUUUACGUAUGAACAGCACCGGGAUAGCCAGCGUUUUCAGGAAGGCUCUAACAGUGAGCGGAGAGGCUAGGAAAGAAUCGACGCUGGGGGAAAUCGUCAACUUGAUGUCAGUGGACUCGGGCCACAUUGAGAUGAUGGUCAACUAUUCCUACUGGAUGUGGAUGUCCAUACUCUACCUAGGGUUCGGAGUUUACCUGCUCUACACGAUCGUCGGCAUCGCCCUGCUGUCAGGACUAGGGAUUGUCUUAAUCAUGUUCGCUGUGAAUUUUUGGGUGAUGAACAAGAUGAGAGAAUACCAGGACAGGAUAAUGGUGAUCAAGGACGAAAGAGUUAAAAUAGUCAAUGAGGUUCUGAAUGGGAUAAAGGUGAUCAAACUGUAUGGAUGGGAGCCAAUGUUCAUACAGAAGAUCAAUGAGGUCAGAGAGAAGGAGCUGCGACUCCUUUUCAAAUAUGCCAUCCUCGAUGGUGUGGAAUCUUUUGCCUGGUUGGCAGCCAUCUUUUGGAUGAUGUACCUGAUGAUCAUUACCUUUGUGCUGACGGACGACAGCCACCACCUGGAUGCUACAACUUCCUUCCAAACCAUGAACUACAUUGACGUCAUCAGCCUGGCUAUCAAUAUUAUGCCUAUCAUUGUGAAAGACUGGAUUAAGGCCGCCAACUCCGUGCAACGAUUAAAUAGGUUUCUGAAUGCCGAAGACCUGAAUCUGGACAACUUAUACAGGGAGACUACUGAUAGUCUGGCUGUACGAGUAGUUCACGCAGACUUCUCAUGGGAAAGACACGGGCCUCUCAUUCUGAAGAACAUAAACUUGAGCAUAAAACCUGGCAGUUUAGUGGCAAUUGUAGGAACUGUUGGAGCUGGCAAGUCAUCUCUUCUGUCUGCUCUCUUGGGAGAAAUGCACAAGCGUCAUGGUUACUUCAAUCUUAAUUCUUCAGUGGCGUACGUACCCCAGCAAGCCUGGAUUCAGAACAACACAAUACGUAACAACAUCUUGUUUGGAAAAGAGUUUCAUGAAGAGUUGUACCGGCAAGUGAUCAGUGCUUGUGCGCUUCAGCCGGAUCUGGAUAUAAUGGCGGCCGGAGACCAAACGGAAAUCGGAGAGAAGGGCAUCAAUCUGUCAGGAGGACAGAAGCAACGGAUAUCCCUGGCCAGGGCAGUGUACAGUGGAGCAGAUAUCCAUCUGCUGGACGAUCCUUUGAGUGCCGUCGACUCUCAUGUCGGCAAGCAUAUCUUUGAUCACGUGUUGAGUAGAAGUGGCUUACUCAGUGAUAAGACACGAGUCUUAGUCACUCACGGUGUGCAGUGGCUGCCUCAUGUCGACUACAUAGUCGUGAUGAGUCAUGGGCAGAUUUCCGAGGCUGGCACAUUUGAGAAGCUCAUGGAUCACAAUGGAGCCUUUGCUCAGUUCCUAACACAGUAUUUAAGGCAAGAAGAAAGUGGUCCCAAGCAAGCAGCUGCAGACGAUGAUCUUGACAAAGAAGUGAAAAGAGACAUCAUAAGACGGUUAGUGUCUGUCACAUCAGAGAGUGACUCGGUGUUCAGCCACGAGAUGUCAGAUCUUCAAAGUAUCUUAUCUAAAAGUGCAGCUGCAUCGGGACUCCAACAAGUGGCUGCAGCAGACAAACAACUAACUCAUUCUUUCAGUACUAACAAACAUAGAACAACCAGCGAGAUUUCAUCUCAUCUGGAGCUUAGCCAGAGGUCUAUGACAAGACAGCAUGUUCAUGUGGGUUCAGCCUACGAGGAGGAAAAGGAUAAAACAGACAAAAGUAGACUGACAACAGAAGAGGAAGAAGCGCUGGGGAAGGUGAAAUGGUCCAUGUACUGGGAGCUGGUCAAAGGUAUAGGUGUUGGUCACUCAUCCCUGAUCAUAUUCCUGUUUGCCUGUUACCACGUCUGCUACAAUGUCACCAAUGUUUGGCUCUCUGAAUGGACUGAUGAUGUGUUGCUAUCCAACUUCACAUCCAGCCCCGCCAACAGCACAGCCAGAAACGACAGAAACCUGUACUACAUCGCUAUCUACACUGCCCUUGGAAUAGGACAAACAUUGUUUGUUGUUGGAUACGCCGUAGAUCUUCAAAUACAACACAUUUCAACUUCAAGAAAGCUGCACUCUGAACUUCUGGACUGCAUUAUGCGAGCGCCCAUGAGCUUCUUUGACACAACUCCGAUUGGUCGGAUAUUGAAUCGCUUCAGUCAAGACGUGGAAAUUCUGGAUAACGAUGUGUUCAUUGAGGCAGAGAUAACACUGGACAAGGCUUUCAGAUGUUUGGGCACCAUCAUUAUUAUCAGCUAUACAAUGCCUAUCUUUAUCGCUGUGGUUGUACCAGUGAUCAUUGUUCUUUAUGUUGUUCAGCAAUUCUACAUCCGAACAUCGUGUCAGCUACGACGUAUUGGCUCCACCAGCAAGUCUCCGGUGUACUCGCACUUCAGUGAAACCUUGUCGGGCGCCACUGUCAUCCGAGCCUACCAGGCUCAGGACCGGUUCAUCUCAGACUCCCAGUUCAAAGUCGACAAUUUCCAGAAAGCAAUCUACGCGGCCAGAGCCGCAAAUAAGUGGUUGGAGACCAGACUGGAAACUCUGAGUUGUAUCAUUGUGGCCGCUGCUGGUAUAUUUGCAGUUAUUUCACGUGGUGACCUUUCACCUGGUCUGGUCGGACUGGCUGUGACUUACGCACUGAGAGUGUCCACUGAAAUGAACGUAUUUACGAUGGUGUUCGGUGACUUGGAGACGCACAUUGUGUCUGUGGAAAGGAUUCGCGAGUACUCAGUAGUCCAGAGUGAGGCUUCUUGGACAUCUAACGGUGAUGACCAGUUACUUGAUGACCAGUGGCCAUCCCAAGGACAGAUUCAGUUUGUAAACUACAGCACAAAGUACAGAGAAGGACUUGAUCUUGUUCUCAAGGAACUUGAUUGCACCAUCAAAGGGGGUGAGAAAGUGGGCAUAGUGGGCAGAACAGGAGCAGGGAAGUCCUCCAUGGUUUUGUCCUUGUUUCGUCUGAUAGAAGCAACCAGUGGGAAGGUCAUCAUUGAUGGGAUAGAUAUUGCCAAGAUCGGACUGCACGCUCUUAGACGGAAGCUUACCAUUCUUCCUCAGGACCCAGUUCUGUUUGCUGGCAGUCUACGGAUGAACCUUGACCCAUUUUUCGAUAAAUCUGACGCUCAAUUGUGGACAGCUCUAGAACAUUCUCACCUGAAAACUUUCGUGGAAAGUCUUCCAAACAAACUAGACCACGAAGUCGGGGAAGGUGGUGAGAACUUGAGUAUGGGACAAAGACAGCUUGUCUGCUUGGCCAGGACUUUGUUAAGAAAGACCAAAAUUCUCGUCCUGGAUGAAGCUACAGCAGCUGUUGACAUGGAAACUGAUGAUCUCAUUCAGAAGACAAUCCGCACUGAGUUCAGUGGCUGCACCAUCCUGACAAUUGCUCACAGAUUGAAUACUGUCCUGGAUUAUGACAGAAUUCUAGUGCUGGACGCUGGAAGUGUUGCCGAGUUUGACUCUCCCAAGAAUCUUCUGGCUAAAUCAGAUUCUAUCUUCUUCUCCAUGGCUUCGCAAGCUGGGCUAGUCACCUGGGAACAGACACACUUGUAA